AUACUGUACGAGUUUUAUUGUUCUGCAGACCACCACGUUGAGUGACGUUAUAGUCUCAGAGCUAUGGGGGAUUGGUUUCUAUGGCCACGAUUCAUUUUUUAGAUUUUUGUCUCCCUGGUUACCACGAGCCUCUAGGGAUACACGUUAGUUAUUCCUCUAAUACUAUAUAGUGGGUGCGGUACUUCGUACGCUUCAGAACUCGAGGCAGUGCAGUGACAGAAUGUGAGCUGAAGCAAAGUCAGAUCAGGGAGGCACAGAGACGGGAGAGAGUCAGAGCUGUGCGCUGUGAGUGUGAACCUGCAACAGCACUACCAUCAGAGACAAGUAUAGCAAACUGAAAUAUCUGACAGAAGAGUACAAAACAAAAGGAAUAAAAAAAAAAAAAAAAAAAUCUAGUUAUCUAAACUCGAAUUCCAGAGAAAUCCAAAUAUUCACUUCUUCUCCAAGCAAAUAUACCAAGAAAGGGACUGUUUGUUUGUUUGGAAACUAAUUCGGGUUGCAGAAAACAAAACAAGAAUACAAGUGCUGUAAACACGGGGUAUUUGAAUUCAAGGGAAAGACACCGAAUCUUGACCGGAAUUUGAAAAGUGUGCAGCGUUCUUCACACUUUUAUAAUUAACCUUACAAAGAAAACAUUUUAAUUCUGAUUUUUAAGGGGAUGACAGCGUCAUUAAAUUAAACAUCCAACUUUAAAAUACAGCCCCUCUGCAAUGAACAACACCAUGAAUACCUCACACAGCGUGAACUACACCGCGACAAGCUGGAAACCAGAGUCGGUGAUAAUCCCCUUGGUGUUCUCGCUCAUAUUUUUGGUCGGGACGGUUGGAAACAGCCUUGUCCUGGCGGUGCUGUUCCGAAACGGGCAAAUGAAUAAUAACACCACCAAUCUGUUCAUCCUGAACCUCGGGGUUGCCGACCUCUGCUUCAUCAUUUUCUGUGUCCCGUUCCAAGCCACCAUCUACACCAUGGACGAGUGGGUGUUCGGUCCAUUUGUCUGCAAGGCGGUCCACUUCUUCAUUUAUCUGACCAUGUACGCCAGCAUCUUCACUCUGGCAACGGUCUCUCUAGACAGGUACCUGGCAAUCCGUUAUCCCCUUCGCUCGAGGGAACUCCGUACUCCCAAAAAUGCGCUGACCUCCAUCUGCUUCAUCUGGGGUCUGUCCAUCAUCUUCUCUGGCCCCUAUCUCACCUACUACAAGCAGAUCGACAUGAACGGGACGAUCGCCUGCAUCCCGGUCUGGAGAGUCCCGCAGCGCAAGAUUAUGGACAUCUGCACGUUUGUCUUCGGGUACCUGAUCCCCGUCCUUAUCCUCAGCCUGACGUACGCCCGGACCAUCCGCUACCUGUGGACUGCCGUGGACCCCCUAGAAAACAUGUCUGAGUCCAAGAGGGCCAAGCGCAAGGUCACCAAGAUGAUCAUCAUCGUGACCGUCCUCUUCUGCCUCUGCUGGCUGCCCCACCACCUGGUCAUACUCUGCCUUUGGUACGGCUACUUCCCUCUCAACCAGGUCACCUACGCCUUUCGCAUCCUCUCCCACCUGGUCUCCUACACCAACUCCUGCCUGAAUCCCAUCGUCUAUGCGCUGGUGUCCAAGCACUUUCGCAAGGGCUUCAAGAAGGUCUUCAGCUGCAUCUUGCGCAAGAAGGUCAACAACAAGGUCCACGUGGUCCAGGUGGCCCACACGGUCAGCACGGUAGAAGCUGUCUCCACGGAGGUGUCCAACAUCAACGAGGCCCAGCCUAGCAGCUCCGACUGCAGCCAGAGUAAUGGGAGGCAGUGGGGUGGAGGGGAACAAACCAACCAUCACGACAAGUCCCCAAACACCUUCAUCACCUUCAAUGUGACGUAGGCUACUCUGUCCCGACUCCCUGCCUUUAAGCAGGCAUUGAUGAGCUUGCCUUUUUGGGUGCAGAGAAGUGGCUGAACCGCACCAUGCCCUGGUCUGGUUUCAUUAUUCUAGUUUUAUCAGCGAGUGUAUUCAGACUAGCCGAGAUGAUUAAUGUCUUUUCAAGUAGUGCUUAGACCCAGUUUCACAGCAGGAUGGUGUCAUUUAAACUUGCCAAUGCACAGUAAAGUGUGCUGUUCAAAAGCCAUACUUAUAAAAGUUUACUUGGUUAAAGUAAAGCAAAGUGUAAUAAUGCAUUGUAAAGCAUAGGUGAUCAUUGUAAAUCCCAAAGAGGUGUGGUAAAUCAUUAUAAACUAUGGUACAUUCAUAGUAUAACCAUGAGUAAACAUGAGGAAACUGACAAAUUACUGUGCAAAUUUACUCUGGUAAACUUUUAUAAGACUAUGUCAUUACCUUCUGUCCAGUAUAGAUCAAUUAUAAUUUACAAUUAUUUUAGAAAAGUAAAGACAAAUAAAAAAAAACAAAAAAAAAAACCUGAAAAACAAAAAACAAACAUCUUGUAAUAAUGUGAAUUCUCUCAUAGCCCAUAUAUUGUAAAUACUUAAAACAAGAUAGCUUGAGAAUUAAUUUCUUCAGUAAUUGUAUUUUAAAGGGAAGUUUAAUGUAACACUGCAUUAUUUACAGUAUUUGGCCAGAAGGUGGUGUCAAGCCUUAGGCAAAACUAUUCAUUCGAUAACCAUGAACAUUUAAAGGGGGAGCCAUUUUAGCCUCACAGCAUCCUUCAGACUUUGCGUGUGGUUUCCAAAGUGGU